GGCCGCUGUGGGAGGCUGCGGGCGGCGGUGUUAAGCGCGUCGCCGCCGCCCGGGCCUAGGCGCGAGCCCGGAUCGCUGAAUCCGCACCUCGGACCUGGAGACGCUGUUGCACGCCAUGGGGCUCCGCCUCUGCCCCUACCGCGCGGCCCUGCUCCCAGGUGGCCUCCUGUUGCUCCUGCUGCUCGCGGAUCCGGCGCUCCCGGGCGGACGUCCCCCGCCGGUGGUGCUGGUGCCUGGUGAUUUGGGCAACCAGCUGGAGGCAAAGCUGGACAAGCCAACAGUUGUGCACUACCUCUGCUCCAAGAGGACGGACAAAUACUUCACACUCUGGCUGAACCUCGAACUGCUGCUGCCUGUCAUCAUUGACUGCUGGAUUGACAAUAUCAGGCUGGUCUACAACAGAACAUCCCGAGCCACCCAAUUUCCCGAUGGUGUGGAUGUGCGUGUCCCUGGCUUUGGGAACACCUUCUCACUGGAGUUCCUGGACCCCAGCAAAAGCAGUGUGGGUUCCUAUUUCCACACCAUGGUGGAGAGCCUGGUGAGCUGGGGCUACACACGGGAUAAGGACAUCCGGGGGGCCCCCUACGACUGGCGCCGAGCCCCAAAUGAAAAUGGGCCCUACUUCCUGGCCCUCCGGAAGAUGAUCGAGAAGAUGCACCAGCAGUAUGGGGGCCCCGUGGUGCUGGUUGCCCACAGUAUGGGCAACAUGUACAUGCUCUACUUUCUGCAGCGGCAGCCACAGGCCUGGAAGGACAAGUAUAUCCAUGCCUUCGUGGCACUAGGUGCACCCUGGGGGGGCGUGGCCAAGACCCUGCGUGUCCUGGCCUCAGGAGACAACAACCGGAUCCCGGUCAUUGGUACCCUGAAGAUCCGGGAGCAACAGCGGUCUGCUGUCUCUACCAGCUGGCUCCUGCCCUACAACUAUACCUGGUCAUCUGAGAAGGUCUUUGUGCGCACACCCACCACCAACUACACGUUGCGGGACUAUCACCGGUUCUUCCAGGACAUUGGCUUUGAAGACGGCUGGCUCAUGCGGCAGGAUACAGAGGGGCUGGUUGAAGCCACACUGCCGCCUGGUGUGCAGCUGCACUGCCUCUAUGGUACUGGUGUCCCCACACCAGACUCCUUCUCCUACGAGAACUUUCCAGACCACGACCCUAAAAUCUUCUUUGGCGAUGGUGAUGGCACUGUGAACUUGCAGAGUGCCCUGCAAUGCCGGACCUGGCGCAGCCACCAGGAGCACCAAGUGUCAUUGCAGGAGCUUCCGGGCAGUGAGCACAUUGAGAUGCUGGCCAAUGCCACUACUCUGGCCUACCUGAAACGUGUGCUCCUUGGGCCCUGA